AUGUCUUCUCCUAUAGAUACUCUGUUUUCUAAUUCAAAUACCAAUUUGUCGGUUUCAGCCACUCCGUCGGCUAUAAGACGCCAAAACCAUCGACACAGACGGUCUGCUGCCAUCUCGGGUGAUUUCGAUAUCAUGGGUCUUGGUCUUUUCUCUCCUCCAAACGGUUCUAAACCUCUGCAUCUUCCUCUGCAUAAUCAUUCUCAUUCUUAUAAUGUUUCUAAUCAAAAAAGUGACCAAAAUAGUCAAAAUAAUAUCAAUACUGGUUCUGCUCCAGAAAAAUCUUAUCUUGAUAAACAUUUCCAUUUUAAUAAUGAAGAUGAUUUCACUAAUAAACCAACUUCUUCAGAUUUUGCUUUCCCCAAUAAAACUCCUGAUUUAAUGAAUGUUUCCACUCCUCCUCGUUAUUUCACUUCUUCAAAUCUGAAAAAUAGAAUCCACAAUUUAAAUUCUCCAAUUAAAUUAAAUCAUCGCCAUGCAAUGUCAACUUCAAAUACUCCAAGAACAAAAUUUUUUUUAACUGAAGAAACUAAUAUGAAUAAUGAAAAUGUCCCCGAUGCAGUCAUUGACUUAGAUGAAAUCUUAAAUGCAAACUUACAUAUUGGUGAUCAUUCAACUCAUCAUAAUACCCAUAGAAGAUCUGGCCUGUUACCUCAUGAUAUUUUUGGUCAAAAUGAUCAUGAAGAUGAUUUUUUGGCUUCUCCUUCGCCAUUUUUCAAAAAUAAUGCUUCAAAUUCUUUUAAUUCCUCUCCAUUGUCCAUUCCAAAUCAUAUCACCCUAUUUCAACAACCAAUUCAAGAAAAAACUUCCGAUUCAAUCGAAGAAGAUGAUGAAAAUAAUAAUCUUAAUACUAAUGAUGAUGAUGAAAUUGAAGGAGAAACAAAAGAUAUUUUCACUAAUCCUCAAGAUGCUUUAAUCUAUUCAAAUGAUUCGGCUAAUUCUUCAAAUUCAAGUUUGAAAAGUAAUUCGAAUAUUAAUCGUGUUGGUAGUAUUAAUAGUCAUAAAUUAAAUCAUCAUUUAAUUGAAAAAACUUUAUCAAAUUCUUCAAAAGAAUCAAAUAAUUCAUCAGUUACUAAUCAAUUAAAUAAUAAUUCAACCCCAACUUCAAAAAGAUCAGGAGCAAAAGCAAAUCGUUAUCAAUCUUUUUAUGAUCAAUCUUUUAAAAUUACCAAUGCCCUUAAAUUUUCUUCUUCUGAAAGUAUUAAUCUUGUUAGAUCAAAUAGUAGUGGUCAAAAUUUAAAUUUAAAUGAUUCAAAUUCUCCAGUUACUCCAAGAGAAAUUCUCUCGAAAUCUUUAGGACAUUCUUCAAGUUUACCAAGUCUUAAAUCAAAUCUGAAAAGAAAUGUUAAAUUUCAAGAAUCAAGAUUUAAACAAGAAUCAAGAAAUUAUGAUCAUGAAAAAAAUGUCGAUAAUAUAUUAUUUAAUCCUUCAGAAAAAAAAUCAAUUUAUCAAACUCCUACGUCACCAACCAAUGAUGAAAAUAUUACAAUUGCUCUGUUGAGUUCAAAACCUCCAGAAUCAAAUCCUUUAACCAACCCCCAAUCUCAACCGGAUCAAAAACAAGAUCAAAAACAAGAUCAUCAACAAAAUCAUCAACAAUCAAAUAUAUUGGCCACUAAAAAUAUUUCUAAUAGUCCAAUCAGUGUAACUUCUGAUGUCUCGUCUACUGUGCUUUCUACAAAUGAAGCCUCUACCGAUCAUUCAUCAUUAAUUUCUCUGAAUGAUAAUUCAAAUUUGAAAAAAUUGAAAAAUAAACUUCAAAAUAAUAAUUCAGAAAAUAUGAUGCCUUCAAUUGUUAUCAGUAAAGAUGGUGAUGUUACUUCUUCUUCUUCUACUAAUUCUACUUUCAAGCAAGUUGAUGAAGAUUCAAUUGACUCUCCAAUAAUUUCAAAACCUUCAAAUGAUGAAAUUAAAGAAUCAUCUCCCAUUAAAAAAAAACCAACUCCAAUCAAAGUUCCUAUACCCACAAAGACUACUACACCCCCUACAGAAAUAAUCGAUGGUCCUCAACCUCCUUUCACCCCAGAUAAUUCAUCGAUGGCAUCUCCAAAAUCUUCUCCUAAAAAGGCUGGACCAAGAAGACCUCUUUCCCCAUCCGAAGAAAAAAUCUUAAAAUCAACUCAAAUUCCUUCAUUCAAAAACCUGUACUCUGAAAGAAGAAAGUCUCUUUAUGGUAAAGACAAAGAACAUCCUAAUCCAUCAUCUUUUUUUUCUUCUUACAUAAGAAAAUCUCUGGUUUCAAGUACUAUAACACAACCUCCACCAGUAUGUUCAAGUACAAUUGAAUCUCCAAGAGGACGCCAUUCAAAAUCAAAAUCAUUUUCAUUAAUCUUGCUGGAUUUAGCUCCAGGUAUAUCAAAUGACGGCAAUCUCGACGAUAAUAGUAUUAAACUGAAUAAAGGAAAGAACAAUAAGUUUGUUAAUUGGUUUCGCAAAAAGCGAUAA